AUGAAGUUCUCACACAGCAUUCAGUUCAAUGCUGUUCCGGACUGGAGCAGCCAUUACAUUGCCUACAGCAACCUAAAGAAACUGAUCUACCAACUCGAGAAGACAGUCCACCAAACCUCCGCAGGUGACGCCGAAUCAAGACCUCUUAUCCGAAACGAAGAUCCCGAAGAUGUGUUUAGCCGUGCGCUUGGCGUAGAAUCGGAGAAGAUUUGCUCCUUCUACGUAUCCAAAGAGGGCGAGCUUCUCGACGAGGUGAACCAAUUGUUGGGAGACGUUGGCAACCAUUCUUCAGAGGACGACGAAAACGAUGGCGAACCCAGGCGAUCAUUCGGCAGCGCCUCCCGGCCGGGACUAUCCGUCAACGGCAGGAGAACUUCCGUUUCGAUCGAUGGCAAUAUGGAGGACAGUGACGACGACGAGGAUGAUGAUGAGACCACCGGGUUGACCAAGAGUCGCUCUAGCCUUGGAGGUGGCAGACGCAAGACCGCUCCGAAUCUUGGGCAUUCGGUCACCGAUAUGACCGCUUCAACCGAGUUGACGCUGGGAAGGUCGCUGCGGCGGUACAGCACGGCGAACGACGAGAUGCCGGAUCAGACCUUCCUUUACUCCUCGGGUAUCAUGCUCAAGAAGCGCAUCAUCAGCCUCUACGUCUCGCUCUGCGAGCUCAAGUCGUACGUUCAACUCAACCGGACGGGGUUCAGAAAGGUCUUGAAAAAAUUCGACAAGAUUCUUGACAAGGAGCUGCGGGUCAAGUACAUGACCGCCAACAUCGACUCCGCAUACCCAUUCAAGCCGGAGAACAUCAAGAGUAUCGAGGAGAAUAUCUCCAAGAUGGAGAAGGCGUACGCCGAGAUUGUGACUCAGGGCGACGAGGGACUUGCCAAGCGCGACCUGAGAUCUCAUCUCCGCGAACACGUCGUGUGGGAGCGCAACACUGUCUGGCGAGACAUGAUUGGUAUGGAGCGUCGUGCGGAGGCUGCGAGCUUGGGCAGGGGGCUUCUGGGAAGGGAUGGAGCGACGGGAUCCAGGCGACUGCAGGGUGAUGAUGAGCUUGCCCCAGUCACCAAGGAGGUGGUUACUCCCGUGGGCCGUUUUGUUGUGCCGACGUGGGUUGCCAACACGCCUCUGCUCACCCUCCUGAUCGCUGUCGGCGUUUUUCUCCUUCUCCUUUUCCUCCCCAUCAUGGAGAAGCCCGAGCAACAGAACUGUUUGGCGUUGCUCGUGUUUGUCAGCAUCCUUUGGGCUACAGAGGCCAUUCCGUUGUUCGUUACGUCGCUUAUGAUACCCUUCCUCUGCGUCGUUUUGACUGUCGUUCGCUCUGAAGACAAGCCUUACAGGAGGCUUGAUGCCAAGGCCACUACAGCCUACAUCUUCUCGGCCAUGUGGACACCAGUCAUCAUGCUUCUCCUCGGUGGAUUUACCCUGGCUGCGGCUCUAUCCAAGUGCAAGAUUGACAAGCGGCUCGCGACGUUUGUCCUGAGCAAGGCCGGCACCACUCCGCGCACCGUACUCAUUGCCAACAUGCUCGUUGCAGCAUUUGCUAGCAUGUUGAUCAGCAACGUCGCUGCGCCGGUUCUUUGCUUUUCCAUCAUCGAGCCCAUGUUGCGAACCUUGCCCUCAGAGUCAAACAUGUCUAAGGCUGUUAUCAUGGGAAUCGCGCUCGCCUCCAACAUUGGCGGCAUGCUUUCUCCCAUUGCCUCGCCUCAGAAUGUUGUCGCCAUUGGUAUCAUGAAGCCCGCGCCUACCUGGAUCCAGUGGUUCUUCAUUGUCAUCCCUGUCGGCAUUGUCUCACUGCUUCUCAUCUGGAUCUUGCUAUUGAUCACGUUCCAACCGAGCAAGGGAACCACGAUUGCUCCGAUUCGCCCUGUAAAGGAGAAGUUCACAGGCAUCCAAUGGUUUGUCUCCAUCGUCACGCUUAUCACCAUCGGCCUGUGGUGCGGUAGCCACCAAAUGGAGUCCAUCUUUGGUGACAUGGGUGUCAUUGCCAUCAUCCCCAUUGUCCUCUUCUUUGGCAUUGGUAUCCUGACCAAGGAAGACUUCAACAACUUUCCGUGGACCAUCAUCAUUCUGGCUGCCGGAGGUUUGUCCUUGGGCAAGGCCGUCAAGUCAUCUGGUCUUUUGCACACGGUUGCUGGCGUCGUUACCAAGGAGGUUGAGGGUACGAGUCUUUACGUCGUCCUCGUCGUCUUCUCAGCUCUUAUUCUUGUCAUCGCCACUUUCAUCAGCCACACAGUCGCAGCUUUGAUUAUCCUGCCGUUGGUAUUUGAUGUUGGCUCCAACAUGGACGAACCCCACCCGAAUCUGUUGGUCAUGGGUGGUGUUUUGAUGUGCAGUGCCGCUAUGGGUUUGCCAACAAGUGGUUUCCCCAACAUGACAUAUCCGCUCGGUGAGCUGGCAGUCGCCAUGCUUUCGGCAUUCACAGCUCGGCCGAUCAUAGAGCUAAAGCAACGGGAUAAGUCCAAGAUUGAGACAAUCCUCGCGCAUGGCGAUCGUGUUUUCGUAGGCCUCAACAGCGGAGCUCUUCGCAUCUACCGCCUCAACGAGCUGCCGCCUCCGUCGCCGACCCAGGCCAAUGGCUCCUCCCAACCCGUUACGGCGAGUCCACAAGACGCAACCGACACCAACCCGACGACUGAACAGCCGAAGAAACCUACGGACCUGCUGCGCGAGGUAGAAAAGUUCUCCAACAGGGCGAUUGAGCAGCUCGCCGUCAUUAAAGAAGCCAACACUCUCGUGUCGUUGUCGAAUUACUACGUAUCCCUCCACGAUCUUGGGACCUACGAACCCCUGGAGACUCUAUCGCGAACGAAGAACGCCACCUGCUUUGCCGUCACAUCAAACAUCGUGAAAGAUGCAGCGACCGGAAUACCAGAGAUUAUAAGUCGCCUGGCGGUGGCUGUCCGCCGUCGAUUACUGCUAUGGAGCUGGCACGAAAGCGAGUUGAGCGCCGAUGUUGGGGAAGUCACACUACCGGAAUCGAUACGAACCGUCACAUGGGCCAGUGCGACAAAGAUUGUAUGCGGAAUGAACGCGGGAUACGUUUUGGUUGACGUAGUUACUCACGAGGUCGAGGAUAUCAACAGUCCAGGCUCCGCGGCAUCAGGCGGGCAGGCUAGUCGUUUCGGAGCGGUGAGCAGCGCUGGAAUGGGCUAUAUGGGCCUCGGAGGAUACAUGCCCAAGCCGCUCGCCGCGAAGCUGGCUGAGGGCGAGCUUCUACUGGCCAAGGACAUCAACUCAAUGUUCAUUACGGACGAAGGGAAGCCAGUUGAAAAGCGACAAAUUCCGUGGCAAGCGGCUCCUGAGCAGAUCGGCUACUCGUACCCAUACAUUCUGGCAUUGCAAGCUCCGUCAAAAGGCUCGCUUGAAGUCAGGAAUCCAGAGACGUUGCACCUGUUGCAGACCAUGCCCCUCCCAGGCGCGGCACAACUUCACUUCCCACCACCUAAUGUUAGUCUCGCUCACGCGGGGAAGGGAUUCCACAUUUCCAGCGACCGAUGUGUUUGGAAAAUGGGAGCUACCGACUACGAUUCGCAAAUCGACGAGCUGGUGGAAAAGGGCAAAUACGACGAGGCUGUCAGCAUCCUUGACAUGCUAGAGGACGCCCUCCUACGGAAUAAGAAAGAGACUCUCCGAGAGGUCAAAAUGCUCAAGGCCGAAACGCUGUUUAAGCAAAAGAAAUUUUACGACUCCAUGGAUCUCUUCAACGAGGACGAUGUCCAUGCACCGCCCGAGCGAGUUCUGAAGCUUUUCCCGCCUUCCAUUGCCGGAGAAAUGUCCGGUUGGGCGCAUGGAGUGCAACCGGACGAAUCCGGUAGCGAUGAGAGGGAGGGUGAGGAGGAACCGCAGAAGAAAACAAACGGGGAUAAGCCCAAGGAAGAUGCAGCGGAAACCCCCGCGUCCCCUGCAAAAGGAGGCGUAGGCUUUGCCAAGUUAUUUAUGGGUUCUCGAAAACCGGUGCAACCAGAUGCCGCCUCGAUCAUAUCCAAGAAAGACACGAUAGAUGUCGAAGAGACUGGAAGCAUCAAAAGCAAGCCGACCGAAAACCAGCCGCUUGAAGGCGAGGAGCUCUUGGCUGCUGUCACAUCACUUGCUGGUUAUCUUGUCGGGACAAGAACGCGUUUGCAAAGGGUCAUCGACCCAAGUACUGGCAAGCUGAAGCGGACAGAUACGAAUGGCUCCAACGAAGAGACAAUGAAGAGCUUUAUGUCAGGCUCGCACGACGAUGAGUCGGGAAGCCAACUCGAGGGAGAGAUCCGGAGGACGUCGCGAAUUGUCGACACCGCUUUAUUCCGGACUUACAUGAUGACGAGGCCUGCUCUAGCUGGGCCCCUUUUCCGCCUCCCGAACUUUUGCGAUCCAGACGUCGUCAACGAAGCACUGCUUUCACACAGCCGAUACAACGAGUUGGUGGACUUCUUCAGCGGCAAGAAGCUUCACUCACAGGCGCUUGAGCUUCUCAAGCGCUUUGGGACUGCCGAGAAACCCGACGAGGCUGCACCCGGCCUGCAUGGGCCUCAAAGGACAGUCAUCUAUCUUCAGACACUGCCGCCGUCUGAGAUUGAUCUCAUCCUACAAUAUUCAGAGUGGACUCUGAGAGCGGAUCCCAAGCUGGCCAUGGAAGUGUUUAUCGCCGACUCCGAAAACGCCGAGACGUUACCUCGUGGCCGGAUCGCUCGCUUCCUAGGUGGGAUCGAUCCAGGACUAGAGGUGCAGUACCUAGAGCACAUCAUCUCCGAGCUUGACGAGUCGACUCCGGACUUCCACAAUCGCCUGGUCGAGCUCUUCAUCAAGCAUUUGAAGGAAAAGAAACGGGACGAUGAAUGGGAUGCAGAGAUGGACCGUUUCGUGCAGUUCCUCAAGACCAGCAGCCAGUACAGUCUUAGCAAGGCGUUCAGCCUCAUUCCACGCGACGAUCCUGCUUUCUAUGAAGCUCAAGCCAUAGUGCUGAGCAACAUGGGCUCGCAUAAGCAGGCGCUGGAGAUUUACGUCUUCAAGAUGAAGAAUUAUGCGAAAGCCGAAGAGUAUUGUAAUAUCGUUCACAAGUCCAGAGACUCUAGGCCUUCGUCUCCAGACCAGUCACGACGUCCAUCAUCGGCAGAUGAUCCCGAAGAUUCGGUUCCAUCCAUUUACCAUACCCUUCUUUCGCUGUACCUGACUCCACCACCACCACAUAAACCAGCACAUGACCCGGCUCUCGAGCUACUGUCAAGGCACGGAUCGCGUCUACCGGCAGCAUCGACUCUCUCUCUGAUUCCCGACGACCUUCCUGUUCGCGAUCUCGAGUCCUACUUCCGAGGCAGAAUUCGGUCUGCUAAUAGCGUCGUGAACGAGUCGCGCAUCGUAGCCCGGCUGAGAGACACGGAGCUGGUGUCGACGCAAGCGCUCCUGCUCCUUGGCGACGGCAUACCUGGCGGACAGGGUGGACGCAACAGAAGGGUGACAAUCACUGAAGAGCGUUUAUGUGGUGCUUGCCACAAGAGACUGGGGCGAAGCGUGGUGUCGGUUCUUCCGGACAACAACGUAGUCCAUUAUGCUUGUUUCAACAAGGCAACGUCGCAGCGACUGCAAAGCUCUCGGGCAGGAAACUGGGCUCGAAGGUUUUCGUGA